AUGAGCAAGACAUCCCAGCAGAACACGGUGACAGAUGCGAAUGGAGUAAGCGUGAUUCACACCCAAGCACACGCCAGUGGUUUGCAGCAGGUUCCCCAGUUGGUGCCUGUGAGUCCCGGUGGUGGAGGCAAAGCUGUGCCUCCCAGCAAGCAGGGAAAGAAGAAUUCCUUUGUGGAUAGAAACAGUGAUGAGUAUCGCCAGCGCAGAGAGCGAAACAACAUGGCAGUAAAAAAGAGCCGGUUAAAAAGCAAGCAAAAAGCACAAGACACACUGCAGAGAGUCAACCAGCUCAAAGAAGAAAAUGAACGUUUAGAGGCAAAAAUUAAGCUCCUGACCAAGGAGCUGAGUGUACUGAAAGACUUGUUCCUUGAGCACGCACACAAUCUUGCAGACAAUGUGCAACCUGUUGGCACUGAAACCACCACAACAAAUCCAGAAAACAACGGACAGUAG